UGCGAGGGGCUUUGAAGGCGGAGGUGGUGGAGGUGUGGGGGGGAUAAUUUUUUUUUUUUUUUUGGGGGGGGGCUCUGCCCACCUGCCGGCACCCCUGCCCCAGGGCCAGCUGCUCGAGUCAGGCUCCCGGUUGCCUUUAAGGGCGUUUUUGGGGGAGGCGAGGGGAGCGGAGCGGGGCCGGACUUGGAGCGCGCCGUGCAGCUGGGGAGAGGGAAGAGGAGAAGAAAGAGGGAGAAGAAGCGAGAGAAGGGAGAGGAGCGGUGGAAAAAGUCGACCGGGACCCCAUUCCUCCCCAGGGCCGGGGCCGGCGCCCCGGGCUCCCCAGCCCCCGGCCGCCCCGGGGGUGCGGAGGGGAGCGGGGAGCCGGCGGGACCUCCCCGCGCCCCUCCAUCGCCGGGGUCCCGCUUCUGGGGAGCGAAACCCUUCGGCUCUCCCCCUCCUUCCCUCCCCUCCCUCCUCCCUCCCUCCUUCCUUCCUUCCUUCUCCAGGCUUGGCCCGGGGAGGGAGGGGGGCUCUGCCUACAGUCUGCCUUCACUCCUGCCCGCCCGGGCGACGCCGGGCUCCCGCCUGCCCCCCGCGGCCCCUCCGGCCGCCCCCCGCGCCCCCGGGCCAGGUGAGGCUGCGGUGCCGUCCCUCUCGGAUGUAGGCAGGCGAGACCCCGGAUGGAUUUCGGGAGCGUCAUGAACCAGGCUGUGACCCCCUGCUCCCCAACUGGCAACUAUGAGCUGGAAUCCACAAAAUCCCCCAGGAGUGGGCAGUCACGCUGCAAAACAUCCAGAAGCAUGAGCCUGACUGCAGCCAUGGAGAGCAGCUGUGAGCUGGACCUGGUGUACAUCACGGAGCGCAUCAUCGCUGUCUCCUACCCCAGCACAGCCGAGGAGCAGAGUUACUCCAGCAACCUCCGUGAAGUGGCCCACAUGCUCAAGUCCAAGCAUGGGAACAACUAUGUGCUUUUCAACCUCUCUGAGCGGAGACGUGAUGUCAACAAACUUCACCCCAAGGUGCUGGAUUUUGGAUGGCCUGACAUGCACACCCCUGCGCUGGAGAAGAUCUGCAGCAUUUGCAAAGCCAUGGACACGUGGCUCAACGCAGCAGCGCACAACGUGGUGGUGCUGCACAACAAGGGGAACCGUGGCCGGCUGGGGGUGGUAGUGGCUGCCUACAUGCACUACAGCAACAUCUCAGCCAGUGCUGACCAGGCUCUGGACAGGUUUGCCAUGAAGCGCUUCUAUGAGGACAAGGUGGUGCCUGUGGGACAGCCAUCCCAGAAGAGGUACAUCCAUUACUUCAGUGGGCUCCUCUCUGGCAGCAUCAAGAUGAACAACAAGCCCCUCUUCCUCCACCACGUCAUCAUGCACGGCAUCCCCAACUUUGAGUCAAAAGGCGGUUGUCGGCCCUUCCUGAAAAUCUACCAGGCCAUGCAGCCCGUCUACACCUCGGGGAUCUACAAUGUGCAAGGAGACAGCCAGACGGGCAUCUGCAUCACCAUUGAGCCUGGCUUGCUGCUCAAGGGCGAUAUCUUGCUGAAGUGCUACCACAAGAAGUUUCGCAGCCCUACCCGUGAUGUGAUUUUCCGUGUGCAGUUCCACACGUGUGCCGUGCAUGAUCUUGACGUCGUCUUUGGCAAGGAGGACCUGGAUGAGGCCUUCAGAGAUGACCGCUUCCCUGAGUAUGGGAAGGUGGAGUUUGUGUUCUCCUACGGCCCCGAGAAGAUCCAAGGCAUGGAGCACCUGGAGAACGGGCCCAGUGUUUCAGUGGAUUACAACACGUCCGACCCACUCAUCCGGUGGGACUCCUACGAGAACUUCAACAUCCAGCGUGAGGAGAGCGCAGAGGGGGCCUGGGCUGAGCCACCCCUGCCCAGCAAGCACCUGGAGAAAGAGGUUGGGCACACACAAGGGCCCCUGGAUGGGAGCCUCUACGCUAAAGUGAAGAAGAAAGACUCCCUCCACGGCAGCACCGGUGCCGUCAACGCUGCCCGACUCCCGCUUUCGGCAGCACCCAACCACGUCGAGCACACACUCUCAGUGAGCAGCGACUCGGGCAACUCCACCGCCUCCACCAAGACCGACCGGACCGAUGAGCCGGGGGUGACCGGGGCACCCAGUGGCCAGGCGGUGCUGAGUCCUGAGGAGAAGCAGGAGCUGGAUCGUCUCCUUGUUGGAUUUGGCUUGGAGAGCGCGCCGCCCAUGCACAACCACGUGCCCGGCCCCGUGCCGGCACGCUUGCCCACCAUGCCGGGCCGCCACGUGGUGCCGGCUCAGGUGCACGUCAAUGGGAACGCCGCGGCACUGGUGGCUGAGCGGGAGACGGAUAUCUUGGAUGACGAGCUGCCCAACCAAGAUGGGCACAGUGUGGGCAGCCUGGGCACGCUCUCCUCCUUGGAUGGCACCACCACUGCCAGUGAGACCGGCUACCAGGAGGCACCUCAGGUGGGCAGCUUGUCCUCCCUGCCCAAUGGCCCCUCGAGCUGCAAUGGGGCUGAGAAGCUGCUGAAGGAGGGGCUGUACGAUGGCGAGCCGCUCUCCAACGGUGGCUACCCCUACAACAACCAGAACACCCUGAUGGGCCACCACCUCCGUGACACGCUGCCUUCCUUGCGGCCCUCGGCAUCCACUCAGGAGCACCUGGCUGGCUACCCACAGCACCUACCAGGCUCCCACGCCCCAGGGUGGCUCCAGCCUCAGCCACUGCCCAGCUCCCAGCCCUACCUGUACGCCUACGACCACCCCGGAACCUACCGCUCCCGGUCCUUCCCGGCAGUGGACACUGCCAAGUACGACGCGAACCCGGCGCUGCCCCAGGCCCCGGCUCGCAGUACCAGCAGCCGGGAGGCUGUGCAGAGGGGCCUGAAUUCCUGGCAACAGCAAGGAGGAAGCCGGCCACCUUCCCGGCUGCAAGAAGGUGGCAUGGAGAGCCACAGCCCCAGCAUCUCUAGCUGCAGCCCUCAGCCCAGCCCGCUGCAGACGGUGCCCCCACACAGCCACAGCAUGCCUGAAUUCCCCCGGGCGCCCUCUCGCCGGGAGAUUGAGCAGUCCAUUGAAGCACUGGAUGUCCUCAUGCUGGACCUCGCACCUGCCGUCCACAAGUCGCAGAGUGUGCCUGCCACCUCCCGUCAGGACAAGCCAGCCGGACCCCUGCCCUCCUCCCUCUCGACCCAGCCCAUUGCUGGUCUCUAUGCCCGGCCAACUCCACAGGUGGCCCAGCCGAGGUCCAUCGGCACGUCCUUGAGCCCCGUGGUCUCUGAGCCCGGGGGCAAAGCCUAUUCUCCUGGAGAGCUGGACUACGGGAUGCAUGAUUAUCGGGAAACCUAUUCACCCUACAGCUACCAGCUGGCACCGCUGCCAGAGCCCAGGAGCUACAGCCAUGCCCCGGCCGGAGCACAGAUGGGCACUGCCCCACUCACCACCUCAUGCUACAGCCCCGUGGGGUCUCAGCAGCAACUCACCUCCUCCCCACCUUCCCCCACCGUCCCAGCACAAAACCAGAUGCCCCUGAAGGGACCGGAGAGCUAUGAAGACCUGUCGAGGUCGGCAGAAGAGCCCUUGAAUCUGGAGGGCCUGGUGGCCCACAGGGUGGCAGGGGUGCAGUCCCGGGAGAAGCCUCUGGAGGAGAGCGCUGUUCCCGCCCGCAAGCGGACUCCCAGCGACAGCCACUAUGAGAAGAGCUCGCCAGAGCCCAGCUCGCCCCGCAGCCCCACCGUGCUCUCACCUGAGGUGGUCAGCACCAUCGCAGCCAACCCUGGAGGGAGGCCCAAAGAGCCUCACCUCCACAGCUACAAGGAAGCCUUCGAGGAGAUGGAGGGUGCCUCGCCCACCAGCCCACCCUCCAGCGGCGGUGAGAUUUCUCCCCCCACCCCAGCCUUCCCUGUGUCACCACAAACCCCUUACUCCAACACCUUGCGUUCUCCCCCUGGCCUGGCCAAGACCCCGCUCUCAGCACUGGGGCUGAAACCCCACAACCCGGCUGAGAUCCUGCUGCAUCCAGUGGGAGAGCCCAGGAGCUAUGUUGAGUCAGUGGCACGCACAGCCACGACGGGCAGAGGAGGGACACUGCCCGCUGCCCAGCCCGCUGCCCAGCCCGCUGCCCAGCCUGGAGGCCCAGAGGUGCCCACCAGGAAUGGCACUUUCUCCAACUCCUUCAUCGCCCCCAGCCCUGUCUCCACCAGCAGCCCUAUUCACAGCAUGGAUGGGGCCUCCCUCCGCAGCUACCCAUCAGAAGGCAGCCCCCAUGGCACGGUUACGCCUCCCCAUGCCUCGGCUGAGCCCUUGUACCGGUCGCCUGUUGCCUCACAGAUGCCCUCUGCUCACAGCAGCUACCAAAACUCGUCUCCAUCUUCAUUUGCAAUGGUCCAAGGAGGGGUCCCGAGCUUGGCAUACAGCAGCCCUGACUACCCUGAUGGCCGAACUGGCCUCCAGCCAGAACCCCAAGCUCGGCCACAGCCACAGGUCAAUGUGGUGGGGGUCCACACCCUGCCAGGGAGCCCCCGCAGCCUGCACCGGACAGUGGCUACGAAUACACCACCCAGCCCUGGCUUCGGGCGAAGAGCCAUCAACCCCAGCAUGAGCAGCGGUCCUGGCAGCCCCAGCCUGGGCAGGCAUGCUGUAGUGGCCCAUGGCAACCUGGUGGCCCCACCAGGGAGCCCCAGCCUGUCCAGGCACCAAGCAGUGGCAGCCACAUCCCCUGGCAGCCCCCUGUAUGGCUACUCCAGCCCAGAGGAAAGGCACCUGACACUGUCUCGGCAGAGCAGCUCCUCUGGCUACCAGCCUCCCUCCACGCCGUCCUUCCCCGUCUCCCCGGCGUACUACCCCGGCACGAGCACGCCGCACUCCUCCUCCCCGGACUCGGCUGCCUACCGCCAGGGCAGCCCCACCUCGCAGCCUGCUCUGCCUGAGAAGCGGCGCAUGUCAGCUGGGGACCGCUCCAACAGCCUCCCCAACUAUGCCACUGUCAACGGCAAGGUGUCCUCACCCCUCUCCAGUGGCAUGUCCAGCCCCAGCGGUGGGAGCGCCGUCACCUUCUCCCACACUCUGCCGGACUUCUCCAAGUUCUCCAUGCCAGACAUCAGUCCCGAGACUCGUGCCAAUGUCAAGUUUGUGCAGGAUACUUCCAAGUACUGGUACAAACCAGACAUCUCCAGGGAGCAGGCCAUUGCCCUGCUGAAGGACAGGGAGCCGGGGGCUUUCAUCAUCCGAGACAGCCACUCCUUCCGGGGAGCCUAUGGCCUCGCCAUGAAAGUUGCUUCUCCGCCUCCCACGGUCAUGCAGCAGAACAAGAAAGGAGACUUGACCAACGAGCUGGUGAGGCACUUCCUCAUUGAGACUAGCUCACGAGGUGUGAAACUAAAAGGAUGUCCCAACGAGCCUAAUUUUGGCUGUCUCUCAGCACUGGUGUACCAGCACUCCAUCACGCCCUUGGCCCUGCCCUGCAAGCUGGUCAUUCCUGACCGAGAUCCCAUGGAGGAAAAGAAAGACUCUGCGUCAGCCACCAACUCAGCUACGGACCUCCUCAAACAGGGUGCAGCCUGCAACGUCCUCUUCAUCAACUCAGUGGAGAUGGAGUCUCUGACGGGCCCCCAGGCCAUCUCGAAGGCUGUUGCUGAGACACUGGUGGCUGACCCCACGCCCACAGCUACCAUUGUUCACUUCAAAGUCUCUGCACAAGGCAUCACCUUAACGGACAACCAGAGGAAAUUGUUCUUCCGAAGACACUACCCCCUCAAUACUGUCACCUUCUGUGACUUGGACCCCCAGGAACGAAAGUGGACUAAAACUGAUGGCAGCGGCCCAGCCAAGCUCUUCGGCUUUGUGGCCAGGAAGCAAGGGAGCACCACAGACAACAUCUGCCACCUCUUUGCUGAGCUGGACCCAGACCAGCCAGCUGCAGCCAUCGUCAACUUUGUCUCCAGAGUCAUGCUUGGCUCCGGCCAGAAGAGAUGAGCUGGCACUUGCGGGUGAUUCUUGAAUUUUGGAGAAGGACUUGGAGCUGAUCCGAGAAGGAGUGUGAGGAAGUGCAUUGUGGGAGAGGGAAGUGAAUUGGGGGGGGGAAGGGUUGGAAUUUUGGAGGAAAACAGCAAACAACAAAAAAACACCAAAAAAACCCCUAAAAACUCAACACGAGCCAAACACACACGUAGAGGAGCCAAAGCCACGCACCUACGGAGGAGAGCCACAAAGUCACGCCAGACGGGAUGCAUGUCCCAUUGCAGGGAAGGUGACCAAAGCAAAGGCGGCAGUGAGGGGUGUGUUUCCAGCAUCCAUGGCCUCAAGUGGUGACAUCCAUUUGGGACUAAAUGUGGGACCAUGACUGGUGUUUUCCAUCUGGAAAAAAAAGAGGCAACUGGCAAAACCCAUGGAAGAAGCUUCAUCCCAGCAGCUCCAUCUGCUGUGUAUUUGAACUGACCUGUAGGAGAUAAUGGCAUGCACUGGGUCUAUGGGACACCAGAGGAGAUGCUUUCAGAAACCUUCCCUUGUCCAGCUGCAGAGGAGGGUCCUCACUGGUCCCUGUGCAUCCCCUAAAACCUGCUCAUGACCUUGCUGAGGACAUGUGGAAAUUGGUCCUGAACCUUCCACUCCCUGGGGAGCUUGGCCAUGGGCUGACCUUUGCUGACCCAGAGGCCAGCACCAGUCACAGGUGAGAUGCUGUGAGUCCACCCAGAGAGGGGGGUCAAGCUGUUUCUCCACUUCCCCAGGGGUUCUUGUUCCCCCCAGCCUGUGAGGAGGUGUGGGGGUUCCUGCCACCCAGCACCUGGGAAAGGUGGAUACUCCCCAAGAACCUGGAGGAUGCAGAAAGUCGCCUCCUCUCCCAUCUUCCCCUUUUCCCUCCCAUCACUAGUCCUCUUUGACAGUUUUCUCCUGCGGCCUGUCACAUUCUCUUAACACAAAAAAAGCAAAACAGAAAGGAAAGGAAUAGUUGUAAUAAUAAUAAUGAUUAUAAUAAUAGCGGAUGCUGGCACAGGUGGGUUCCCUGUGCAAAGCAGCAGACCCGUGGCUACCCCUAUCUAGCUCUUCGGAGACACACAAGCGGUUUUUAAAUUGCAUGGACAUUCAAGUUGCACGAAAGGCAAAUGACUACAAGUAACUCAGGCGCUUUUUUUCUCCUUUUGUUUUGGAGGCCACGUUAAAAAAACAAAGAAAAACAAGGAAGAAAAUUAAAAAAAAAAAAAGUAAGGGGCCUGCAGUGGCUGGGCAGCUUUGGCUCAGUGGGGAGGUAACAGGUCCUCUGAGAGCCACCCUGGUUGAUGCAUGUGUACCCCCUAAACCAUCUGGUUCGAGGCUUAUGCCCCUGAAAUGCACCAUAGUUUUGCAGUGAUUUCAGUGCUGUUGGCUUUUCCCUUAGCUUUGGUAGGUGAGGAGGGCAAGUUGGGUGGAGAGAGGGGCAGAGGGCCUCUGUGCCACUGCAGGGGGAGAGAUCAUGGUGGGGGUGCAGCAGGUGGAGGUCCCGGCCCUAUGGUGCUGGGGAGGGGGCAGAGGAUGUUUUGGUCACAUGUACAGGUUUAGGGCAGGAGGAAUGGUCCAGCUGGAGUUGCGGGGUCACUGAUGAGCCCUCUGCUGCAAAUAUUCCCCCUGAGAGCUUUUUUGGACAAAGUUUUCAGUGCAAAGUGGCCCAGAUAGUCUUUUGGAGACAAAAAUUAGACACACAGCACUGCAGUCCCUUGGAGAGCUUGUCUCCCAUGGACCACCCUUGCCUUGAUAGCUAUAAUAUAUAUACAAGCUAUACUGACAAAAUACUGUAAGCUAAUGAAAUGUUAAGGAGGAAAAAAAAGGUUAAAUUUACGCUCCAAAAAUAUUUAUUUUCGCCAUAUCGCUUUCUGCGCAUCAUAUCUCCCCCACUAUAUCCCCCCCUUCCCCUGCCCUGGGGAAACACCUGCAUGUUAAAAGAAAAUCCAGAGCAAGGCAAAAUACAGAUGGGGGAAGAGGCGGGGGCCCCUGUGUGGGGUGGCUGCGUGUGAGCGGUGCGUGUGUGCAGGGUGUGUGUGUGUGUGUGUGUGUGUGUGUGUGCGGGGGAGCGAGCGGCGUGCGCGGCCGCACAGGGCUGCCAGGGCCACGGGCUCUGCUGAUGUACUGAGGUGUGAAAGGAGGGGUAGCGAGGAGUUGGUUGUGAGAUGGUGGUGGGACAGGAGGUUCUGGGAGGGCUUUCCCCUCCCUGGCUCCCUGGCCGCACGGAUGCAGAGAUCUUUUAAUUUUUGACAUUUCCAAAAAGUGAUUCCCUCCUUCUGCGAAAUUCAAGCGAGACAAGAGAUGAUCUCACCCGUAAUCUCCUCACCCUGCCAUUCACCCAUCAGAGAAAACACUGUGUUUAUAGAUAUAUAAAGAUAUAUUUUUGAAAGCCUCUAUUUUUCAGACUUGGUUUUCUCACUGCUAAGAAGAGAGAUUAUAAUAAUGUAAUUUUAUUUUAAUCUGCUGCCUUGGAAACUGGUGCUUGGAACUCCUAUUUCUCUUUUUCUCCCCAUACAAAUGAAGCAGAUCUAAGCACCCCAGUGAUGUUUCAUAGAAGCCAACCCCAGCAGAUACCUGCCAAUAGCAUCACACUUGCUUCGGGCCCUGAGCCUCUCCUGGCUUCCACACUAAUCCACUAGCUGAAAAUUUAGACUGUAUCCAAAUCUCAAACACUAACAAAAUCAUCUGAUGAUUUUAUUAUUUUUUUAACACACAGCUAAUCACCUUCCAAUGAUGUAGCCGGGUGUUUAUCAGCUCCAUUUAAAGGCACUUUUUUCCCUUUAGCUCCCUUUUUAAAGAAGGUUUUAUGGUGUAACAACCCUUUCUGUCCCCGGGAGAGACCAUCAGCAGCAUUUAGGAUUGCCCAGGUCCUGGGGCUGGCGGGGACAUAGUGUUGAUAUUUUUUCCUUAUGAAAGGGACAGAAAAUACUCUUUGGUUUUUUUUUUCCUUUUUUUUUUUAAAGUGCAGUCAUGCUAUUUGAGAUUUGAGCUUGCACGAGUUAAGCCCAGCAUAUGUUUCAUUGUAAUCACACUGCCAUUGUCAGCAGCCGGAUGGUAUCUCUCUCUCUCUGUCGUUCACACACACACACACACACACACACACACACACAAACACACACAUCCCUCUUUCCUACACAAAGAACUGCAUAUAUUCUUGCCAAAGAUAUCCUUAAAAACGCACUUUCCCCCACAUAUAUAUAGAUAGAUAUAUAUUAUUUUUUUUGUGUGUGUGUAAAUUUAUUGUACGUGCCCUUUUUUGUGUCAGUUUGUUCUUUGAAGAAGCCCGUCCUGCCUUUGCUGUCGAUAUUGCUGUCUAUUGGGAAAUGCUCCCUGGGGAGGUAAUUUGCUGUCUGUCCCGCUCAGUGGCACCUGCAGUGCACAAAAUGUGGGGUUCCCAUUCAAUGGGGCUGCCUCUGGCUCUGCCCCUGGGAGCUGUUCUAGGAGAUGAUCCAUGUCAUCAGCUGGUGAUGGGAUGUACCAUUGCAUGGUCUUCACCAGUCCCUCAUCACCAGUGGAGACAGCAGGGCUCAUGGUUUUGAGCAGAGUUUGGGAUUGCUCUGAAUGCAACAUUUGCUGGCUGCCUCCUGGUGAAAUUACACAUGGAAAACAAACCAGGUAGGGGAAAAAACCCAACCCAGCCUCUGGGCAUUGAUUUUUUCAGUGAAUUCAACCGCCUGAACCAAAGCGCAAAGUAAAUCCCCACCCAGCAGGUCGGGCAGGUAAAGAAACCAGUUGUCCCAAAAACCCCAGACAACAGCAUCAACAAAAGGCAACCCUUCCCAUUGGAGCAGGCAGGAUGAUCAGACAGCAAAGGAGCCCGCAGGGGCUUGUUUCAUUUUGUUCGUUUGUUUUGCAAAUUGCGAGGUUGGUUUGGGGUUACUAUAUUUUUUUCUUUUCCUUAAAAAGGAAAAAAAAAAAGAAAGAAAAAAGGAAGCAAUAUGACGUUUCUGUUGGCGGAUCCUGUGCCGCCGUGUUAUGCGUGGGGUUUUUUUUUUGUUAUUGUUGUUGUUGUCUUUGUUACUUUGGGAAUGUUACAGAUUUAUUUGCUAAUCAGUGUUAACAAACGGUUUCAAACUUUUAGACUCGCCCAUUUCUGUGUAUUUAUAUAGAUGGAAAAAAAAUACAUUAUAUUUUGUAUCUUUAUGCCCAUAAUGUUGUCGUGCGUGUAAGGAUGGCUUCGGUCGCACCAUGUCCGUGUGUGAAUGUCACUCCGCUGUUGUCUUCCCAUUGUACAGAUGUCGGAUUCUCUGCAGUUCAUUGUAUUGCUUUAUAAAGUGGUAAAAACAACAAAAAAAAGGAACCAGUUAUAUAAAAUAUACUGUUGCUUGGAAUGCCA